UCAAAGUUUAAAUGUCGGUCCGUGUUUACAUUUGAAAUUAGAAUGAGGAUUGUUUCAAAGUUCUAUAUGUUUAACUAUUGAACAAAUAUUUUGAAAAGUGAAAUUCAGAGAAAUUUUACGUUUAAAAAUUUUCUUGACUCGAAUCAAAUGACUAUAACAUUUUUUUUUCGUAUUCAUUUUUAUCAAACGAAUGAAGAUUUUCUUAGCUGAUAUGACACGCUGUCACCGGUUUGGGUGAAUUGAUGAGCUGGUUUUUAAAUAAAUUUAUUUUGUGUGUUCUUUGAUGACUGUUUAUAGCAGUUACUUUUUGGUGCUAUUGUGCGUUUGAAUAUCCGUAAUAUCUUUCAGUUUCAGGUGUAUUUUGCUUAAAAUUUUAGAUUUAAAAGAAAGGAAAAAAAAUGAAGGCUCUGAUUUUAGUUGGUGGUUAUGGAACAAGGUUGCGCCCUCUUACUCUGAGUCGCCCAAAACCUUUAGUUGAAUUUUGUAACAAGCCAAUGAUGUUGCAUCAAGUAGAAGCACUUGUGGAAGCUGGAGUGAAUCAUGUUAUCUUGGCUGUAAGUUAUAGAGCUGAAAUGCUAGAACGAGAAAUAAAACAAGAUGAAGCAAAGUUAGGUAUAAAGAUUAGUAUAUCACAAGAAUUUGAACCUCUGGGCACAGCUGGACCUUUGGCAUUGGCCAGAAAGGAAUUAGAAGGAGAUGAACCAUUUUUUGUAUUGAAUAGUGAUAUAGUUUGUGAUUUCCCAUUCAAAGAUAUGAUUACUUUUCACAAACAUCAUGGGCAAGAAGGCACCAUUGUAGUGACACGAGUUGAGGAACCUUCAAAAUAUGGUGUUGUAGUGUAUGAUGAGCAUGGGAAAGUUGAUCGGUUUGUUGAAAAACCUCAAGAAUUUGUUUCCAAUCGUAUCAAUGCUGGAUUAUAUAUAUUGAAUCCAUCUGUUUUAAAUCGCAUAGAGCUUAAACCUACAUCUAUUGAAAAAGAAAUUUUUCCUGAAAUGGUAGAGUGUAAACAGUUGUAUGCAUAUGAACUGCAAGGAUUUUGGAUGGAUGUUGGUCAACCAAAAGAUUUUUUGACUGGAAUGUGCUAUUAUCUUCACCACAUGAAACUGAAAGAACCACACAAACUCCAUCAUGCUGAAUAUACCCUUGGGAACGUUUUAUUAGAUCCAUCUGCAAAGGUAGGCAAAAAUUGUCGUAUUGGCCCUAAUGUUGUGAUUGGUCCUGAUGUUGUGAUUGAAGAUGGAGUGUGUCUUAGAAAAUGUACACUUUUGAAAGGCUGUCAUAUAAAAUCACAUUCAUGGAUUGAAUCUUGUAUAAUUGGAUGGAAGUCUGUAGUUGGUCAGUGGGUACGGAUGGAGAAUACUUCUGUUUUAGGAGAGGAUGUGAUAGUCAAGGAUGAAAUGUAUGUAAAUGGUGGAAAGGUUCUCCCACAUAAAGCAAUAUCGGAGUCAGUCACUGAGCCUCAAGUGAUUAUGUAGCAGAUGAUCACCUUUAGGACGAUUUACAAAUUUCUGUUUUAUAAUAUUUACAGAUGGACCUUGAAACUGUUAUUUAAAGUGAUAGAUACUUUCCAUGAAAUUGGACUUAAUUUUGAAAAUUUGUAAUAUGAAAAUAACACAAUAUUGAAAUCAAAUAUAUGAGUUUUAUCAUAAUUUUGGUGAAUUUGACUAGGUAUAUUUGUAAUUAUAUUGAAAGUUUUUAUAUUUGUUAUUAAUAGCUCCAUGUUUUGAUCUAUAGUACUAAAAAUUAUUCAUUCUAUUUUAAUUUUGUUAUUGAAUACUCUUGGUAUACUUUAA